AUGCGGAGGCGCUGCGGGCGGCGGCGGCGGCCGCGGGAGGGCGGCGCGGCCCCGGGACGUGCCGGCACCGCCCGCGGCCUCGCCCGGCGCAGCGCCUGGGGCUUCGUGGCGACGCGGGCCGCCCGGGGAAAGAUCCAAGGUAUGCCCUAUGGGAACUGUUUACUUCUCAGCGAUGGUCCCGUCAAUAACAGCACUGGAAUCCCUUUCUUUUACGUGACACCAAAGGAUAACACUGUGACAGAUCUUCUGAAGAAUCCCAUGGCUUCUCUGACCCUUCCAGAGGCAGAUGGAAAUUUCUGCAGAAAAAACGUAAUUGAUCCAGAGGAUCCAAGGUGCGCCAGGCUGACUCUCAUGGGACAGAUGGUCACGGUGCCUCCAGAGGAAGUAGAAUUUGCCAAGCAAGCAAUGUUUUCCAGGCACCCAGUGGUAAGAAAGUGGCCUCGUAGCUAUGAGUGGUUCUUCAUGAAAAUGAACAUUGAACACAUCUGGCUUCAAAGCUGGUAUGGAGAAAUUUCUCCCAUUGCAGUAGAAGAGUAUUUAAAAGCAGUUCCAAAUAAAGGAUGACUGAAUGGGCUUUGAGAUAAAAAUCUCCUGGGUUUCCUUUCCAAUCACUUUUAAAAUUUCAUGGUAGAUGGUUUCUUUACAGUGAUAUUUUUCUCUUCUCCCAAAAGGCUUCAAAAUAGCCCUGUCUCACAUGGAGUGGAGUGAAAAUAAAUCAACACAGACUUUCAAAUUAUAAAGGAGAGGUGGAUAUUAGCCCUACCCUGCAAUGUACAGACUUGUCAUUUCAAGCAGGCAAUGCGUCAUCCGAAAUGCUGUUUUUAAAACGCUUUGUAUCUGUUUGUUUUGACUUCUAUUGCUGUGCACCCACAGGGAAACUACACUAUGUGCUAAAUAUAAUGUUCUGAAUUGCAGAAAAUGCAGAUUGCCUACUCAGAACCCUCUAUGCAUUGUGGAGGUAUUACUGCUGCUUGGUCUCCCUUGAUUUGUAAAUACUUUAAGAGAAACUUAACAGCUGCAAAUUUAGGUGUUUAAGUUUAAAAACAAAUUAUUUGCUAAAGCUGUCCUCAUUUGCUAACUUCUCUGUUCUAUGUGUGCUUUUCCCUAAUUAGAUAAUUUGAUGUUUCAUUUGGAAAUUGACUAAAACUUCUCUCAUUAGAAGAAAAAAUGCAAUCAGUUCAAACAACACAGCUCCAUAUAAUUUGUCUCUGACACAAAGCUGGUUAAACACAUUAAAGGCCAAAAUCAAAUCAGCCCCACAAGGAUUAUCUCAAUACAAGUAUAAACAUUCUCCUAAGAAGAAUUUGAGUAAAUGUUCUCAGCUAGCCUGCUCCUGUUGAGACAGGAAAAGUAUUUUUAACAGCCUGUAGUCCCAAUAAUUUUUUUUUGCCUCCCUGCUCCAGCCACUGCUUUAUUUUUAACUGGCUUGUGCAACUGAUUUUUGUAAGCCCUCACUAACUCACUGAGGGGUGGAGCCUGUUCCUUAACUCUGUUUCCUCACCAAGAUUUAAAGCGCUUGUUCAUGCAUUUAUUUUAUAAAGAAACCUAAAGAUGGUAGGUAUUUCAGGCCAUGAAAAACUGGUUUUCAUGGUGGAAAGUGCAAACUUCAUUGCAAACACAUUAUGUAUAGGCUUCUCAUGUGGUAAUACCAAAAGAGUUCAAAGGUAUUUUAAUCACUGUCAGCUCUUUCUCUAGAUGUCCUCCUGGUAAAGUUAUUCUGCAGUUCUUAAGGGUAUCACAGAAAGAAAACUCCCAUGGCUAACCAGGCAAGUCACCACACAGUUUGAAAAUUAUAUGUCUGCUCUCCCUGUUACAUUAAGAAGGAGACACAUUGAGAUGGGUUUUAUGUGCCUGUGGGGAAGGUCUUCCAGCAUCCCUGCGAGUGCUCUUGAGCUCUGGUCAUCAGCCUGCACCACAUCUGGGCUGGGGAGGAGCCUGAGUGCCUCAGUGAGUGCCCUGAACUUGUACAGGUUAAUCCCUGGGCAGAGCUCAGAGGCAGCUGCAUGAGCUGUGAUCAGCUGGAAGCCAAUUAAGUGUAGCUGAGCUUAUUUUGGCUCAGGCAAGGAGGGAGAGAGAGAGUCAUUCCCAGAACAGCUGGGCACCAUGCUGGUUUAACUACUAAGGGGCCCCAGGGUGCCCAACUUAGCCCUAGGGUGAGUACCAGCCCCCAGGCAUCACUACUAUUCCUGAAAUUCUGUAAGAAGCCAAGGCAAAUGAGGGGGGAAACUGUGUUUAGACACUCACUAAGCUUUUUUUAUUCUUGUCUCAUUGCCAGAGACUUUGUUAGCCGUGCAGAUCUUUUGCAGAGGUAAUUACACAAAAGCAGGAAGUGUCCUGCCUGAAUCUAUUUCCUUUUUUUUUUUUUUCUUGGCAGAUGAGCUGCAUUUUCACAUUUGAGUUUGCCCCUGAAUCUUGCAUUGUGUAAUACUGAAGCAAGAUGGCCCAUUUUAUACAGACUUAGAGAAUACCAUCAAGUGAAAUCCUCCUCGAUUGCUAUAAUUUUGCCAUGAGGAUCUUUGUCCGCUAUGGAUUUGAUGACUUUGUCCAUUAGGAUUAAUGGAAUUUUAAAACUGAGUUCAACAGGAAUAAUACCAGUCCAAGAGGACACAGUCUCAAGCUGCGCCAAGGGAGAUACAGGUUAGACCUAAGGAGGAAGUUUUUCACAGAAAGAGUGGUCAAACACUGGAAUCAUCUGCCCAGGGAGGUGGUAGAGUCACCAUCCCUGGAUGUGUUUAAAAGGAGACUAGAUGUGGCACUUAGUGCCAUGACCUAGUUGAGGUAUAAGAUAGGAUGGGUUGGACUCGAUGAUCUUGAAGGUCUCUUCCAACCUAGAAAUUCUGUGAUUCUGUGAUUCUAAGAGAAUUUCACAGGUGUGAAAUUCUGUGAAAACAUAAUUACAUAUUUCCUUAUCCCAGUUCACUACGGUUCCCAGAGAAACAUGAAACCCCCAUUCUGCCCCCCACUCCUAAAUACACACAGAUUAAGCAAAUCUAGAAUACAAUCUCAAUGUUUAAAUGAGGUGAAGAAGAGAGGAAGAAUUUUAGAAGUGCUACUGUCACUAUACUCCCAAUUUCAUUCACAUCCCCUGGCAACAGUGACAUGGUCCUAUGUCCUAUCCGUUGCCUUAUUAACAAGCCUUGAAGCAGUAAGGGGUUGUGUCAAGAAGGUUCAGAAGAGCUUUAAUGGUUUAAGAAGUCAGCGUGCACUAAGAAAGGUUUUGAAUUUACAACACACUACUUGUUAUAGGCUGCCUCCCUGCACACACAGAUUAAUUGGAGUCGCUUCUGUAUUGUAAAAUGACACAUUCAUCAAAAUGAUUUCCUGUAUGGACCUGCUGUGAGGCUCUUCACACAACCUUAAAAAAUGAAAUGCUGGGGACAUGUAAAGUGACAAAAGGGGCUUCAUGAAGAAAUGCUGUCUUACAUCACCUGUUCUCAUUUCAUGCUUCCUUCACCCAAGGAAUAACUACCAUAUGAGUCCUUGAAAGUUUGUAGAAAUUCAUCAAAAAUAUGACCUGCAGAUUUUGAGUGGAAUUUUCCAGACCAAAAAAAAAAAAAAAAGGAGGUGACAGUAGUUUGCUUAUUUGGGCUUUAUAUUAUUUAUAGGCUAGUUCUAAUUUUUCUUCAAACAGACAAAUGUCUCAAGUAAUAUUGGUCAUCACAUGGUAAGUGAUGUUUAUUGAAGUGUUGAACCCAGAGUUUUGUCUGUAAUUCUACAAUAAAACCAUACUUCCUUAA